AACUUGCCGACGUACGCAAGCACGUCGAGUCCGGGCUGCGUGAAAGAAAUCUUCUAGAAUGCUGUAGAAGAAACGAAAGUAGUGUGGUAUUGUGACAGGCGAUUAUAUGAAAACCACUGCUGUUGUUACUUGGUAUUAACAUUAUAAACUCUGUUUAAGAAAACGUCUGCGAUAGAAAAAGAACACUCCGUUGUACGAGCUGCAUACAGUAAAUCAGCGGUGAUAUAUAAUUUCUGCUCCCUGUUGCAAUGGGCACCAAUGAACAGAUUUCUCAGCUUGAGAGUGACCUGAAGGAGGUCAAGUCUUUGCUGGAGAUCGCCGAGAGAAAGAGAAUUCAGGAUGUCCUGACUGCAGAGCAGAAGAAGCUCGAGAGAGAAAUCACAGCGAAGCAGCAGCAGCUGAACAAGAAGGAAGGUUCUGAUUCAGACAAAGCUGUGCCCUCAGCCGCCAAGGGCUACACUGUCAAAAUCAAUAACUACGGAUGGGACCAAUCGGAUAAGUUCAUAAAAAUAUAUAUUACUCUUAAAGGAGUCCAUAAGAUCUCAACGGAAAACAUUGAGGCAAGCUUUACAGAGAGGUCUUUUGUCUUGCUUGUAAAAGAUCUGGAAGGAAUGAACUACCAAAUGACUGUCAACAACCUCUUACAACCCAUUGACAUACAGGAAAGCUGUCGAAAGGUGAAAACAGAUAUGGUCUUAGUGAUGUGUAAAAAGAAGAGCUCAAAAAAAUGGGAGUGCUUGACCCAGGUGGAAAAACAAACUAAAGAUAAAGAAAAACCCAGUUUUGAUGAGAACGCUGACCCAAGUGAAGGGCUCAUGAGCAUGCUAAAGAAAAUCUACUCUGAAGGUGAUGAUGAAAUGAAGCGAACCAUCAACAAAGCUUGGGCAGAAUCUCAAGAGAAAAAAGCCAGAGGUGAAGACAUGGAACUCUGAACCACAAAGAUUAAAUACUGAAAGGAAAGCAAACAAGAACGGUGGAUUGCUCUCCUUUUUUGUCCCUGAAAAUACUUUUUGUUGUUCACCUCUUACUGAAAUAUUGACUGCUUCCUUUAGCAUGACAUACAUUGUUACCCUGCUGCAACUGUGGACUUAAAGGAUGGUCUAAAGACACAAAUGGAUUUUAUGUUGAUAACUGGUUUCAGGUGAACUCAGAUUGUAGGUCGUAAGUUGAGAAAAGAUGUUUGUGUGGUUUUGUUUCUGCUCACUGACUUCCAGUUCAUACCAUAUAGAAGAUAGUGAACUAGCUGAGUUAUCAGAAUUAUUCUUAAUCAUUCUGUUCUUAAAGACAGCUGUGAUCAGUGCAUGAUGGAGAAAGAUUUUAAAGAAAAUCUGAAAAAUUCUUAGCCUAUCAUCAUUACAUUUGCGCAGAGUAACAGCUGGAAUAUGCAGGGAAAGGGUGAACUAGGUGCCUAUUAUUCAAAAAAAACAUAAAAUAAAAUAAAAUCAAACUUGUUUGAUGUAUUUUUUUUUUCGGAUAGUUUCUGAAAGGAAACCAGUGUUGAUUUUGCAGUUUGUAGAACUGGGGCCAAACUGUGUGUUUUCCACUCAUGAGAUUGGUAUAGUUCAUCCCUAUCCAGGGUUUGAGUGCUGUGUGUUAGGCCUAGUCCCAGCUGCAAGAUAAGCAGUAUCCUUUAGCAACUGAACUCCACUGUACCGCAAAGGCACCCUCAGUGGAAAACUGAGCUUUCUCGGGUGUUCUGUAGGGUUGUCUCUAUCACAUCUCUAUGUACAAUACUAUGGCUGUAGCUAUGCUCCAACUCAGAACUAUGUAUAAGAUAUAUCUCAAACAAUCAAAGUUUAUUUAUCAAAUGCACAACAAUACAUCGUGCAGCAGUAAUUGCUGGCAAUGAAAUGUCUUUUGUGCGAGCUCACCAGGCGGAGAUAAAAACAAAAAUCACAAAAUUAAAAGGUACAGAAUAAAGUUACAUAAGUUAUACAUUUUAAAAAUGCAUAAUAUAGAUAACCAAUAAUAAAUUAAAAGGGGUUUUAAUAAUGAAUAGUGCAUCUUUACGUUUAAGAGCCAUUAUUCAAAUAAUGUUUUCUACAUUAAUAUACAGUACUGUGUAAUGUUGGUUUCAAACUUGUCUUCAAACUUAUGCAACUGCUCCUCAUUUUUUAAAUUAAAAACAGAAACCGUCUGUGAACCAGUAAGUUACCUUGUCAAAAUGCUUAGAAUGAAACACAUAAAACAUUUCAAAAGAAUUGUAAUGUUCCUGCUAGAAGUACAAUAUUUUCUUUUUAUAACAUUCAUACCCGUUAAGUUCUUGCAGCAUGUUCACUGUACUGUAACCAAUGUCCACCAGAGGGCUCCCCAGACUAUUGUAUGGCUGUGAGAACACUACUGCUUCACAAGAGUAGAGGGUAUGAGAACUACAGUAAUUCUCCGAGCACCACAGAACUCAACAACUUAUAUUUCUAAUAUGAAUGCGCAUUGUUCUCAAGAGUCUCCCGAGUGAAGUUUGUGGAUCCCAUAAGUAAAAAUGAGAUUCAAUAGAUUAGUCAAUUCAAUAACAUUUUAAAAUUAAGGAAUACUGACCAGAUCAAUCAAAGACAAGACAGAAAUGUUGAUAAUUGUCUUCUAAAUUAAAAUCUCAUCCAUUAUUUCAGCUGUGUUGGAAAUAAUAAAGCAGAUGACAGGUUUCAUUAUUUUUUUCUGUAUUUUCUUCUUCCAAAGAUCUAGAUAGGAUAUAUCCAUUGAUCUUUUUCUAUUUCACUGGGUUUAGGCUGGUACCUAAUUUUGCCAACAUCUAUCCUGCAGUGUUCCUGCAAAACGUCUACUGAACCUUUCAUUACUACCCCCGACAGUCUUCUGAAAACCACACAAGAUGUGUUAUGAAUCGCAAUUGUGAAAAUGUGUUGCUUGAAUACUGUUACAGACAGAAAGUACAAAAUAUCUGAACUGAUGUACUUUUGCUCUUGUAUUUCUGUGCAGUAUUUUAUUGCAUUUAUAGUCUGAUUAAAAUUACUUCCACCUGAGGA